AUGGGUGGCGCGCCAUCCUUGAUUCUACCGAACUUGUGGCUAGGAGGUCAAGAUGUUUUGGACGACUUGGACUUUUUUCGAAAGAACAACAUAACUUGUGUGCUGUCUUUGGGUCCUGCGACUCCCUCGCAGCGAAUCCGGCUGGCAGCGCGCGAACACGUGAACUUGCCGGAUGUGCCAACUGCUGAUCUCAGUGUUCACUUUCCAAGAAUCGUCCGCUUCAUUUCAUCAGCCCGGCACAAUGGGCACUGUGUUUAUGUCCAUUGCGCUGCAGGAAUAUCCAGAAGCUCCACAUCGAUCUGCGCAUAUCUCAUGGCCCACCUGAACAUUCCUUUCGAGCAGACGCUGCAGUUCCUUUCUCAACGGCGCCCGGCGGUUUGCCCCAACGACGGCUUCCAGAGGCAGCUGCGAAGGUACGAGUCCUCCAAGGAGCGGCUCUUGCUGGCACAGGAGAUGCUCAAGGUUCCAGCCUACACGGAGCUACAGCGACAGGACUUGGAUGCGGUGUGGCAGGCCCUGAGCCAGCGCAAAGCCCGUGGUCGCUCCGUGGAGGGCGGGCGAGCGACGCCGGCAAAACAGGCACAGGCAGCAGAACAGAGGCCAGUGCGACCUGGAAGCGGCAGCGUCCCCAUCGACCAGCUGGCACGGCAAAGAGCACUGCAGGCUGUUCAAGCUACUGCACAGCGGCAGCCGGGCAGCGCAAUUCGAAUUGGCGAUGGGUCGCAGCACAUUCAGCACUCACUCCAACAACUAAGGGUUGGCGAUGUGGGGCUGGCGUGGCUCAUGCCCCGUCGACGGAGCAGCGCCAGCACAGCCACGUCGCUACCGCCUAGUGCAAGGCUGGGCCGGGCGAAAAGGCCCGUGUACUGA